GUGACAUGACACCAUAAAUUCAAUUGCCAUUAAAAAACUCUUCUUGUUUCUUCUAUUCUUCACUUCCCGACACAAAUAUUAUGUCAAAAUAUCUCCAUUGUUCUUCCCUCAAGCAGUUUUGAAGGGCGAAAAGAGUGUUUGGAAGAGGGUCCUUUUUCCUUUCUUCUGGGUAUCUUCUCCUUUGGAGUGUGGCGUCUUGGACUGAUCUUCUUGGUCCACAUUAUUUGUGGGCAUUUCGACAUUAUGAAGCUUUUUAGGUUUUCGUCGGUUAUACUUUUUGUGCUCCACACAUCUUUAUUGGUUCUCUACUUUUCCAGCAAUAUCAAUGCCUCCUCAAAUUCGGACAUGGCUCCGAACCACCGCCAUCUCGAGUCGAAUGAACGUUUAUCCGCAUCACCAUUAAACAGGAAGCUGAAGUUGCAGGACAAGCAACAUAGUAGCCCAAUGAGGAGGAACACACACACGGGUGAUGUAAAUCUUUACGACUACCGCCCCGUUGAUCCAGUUCCAAGCUCAAAGAGAUCCAUAAAACAUGGUCCAAUUGAGCAUGGCUCUCCUCUGAUACCCUACAUUCCAAAUCCUUCACCUUCCCCUCAACAUCAGCCGGGCGGUUAUGUGUAGAGAGCAGAAGCCAUUCUCUCUUCUACUUAUUUUGUAUGAGCUUAGAUUGUUAGCUACGUUUAACCAUUGUUGUCUCUCUACUACAACGUAGAUAGUCGUGCCUCGAGAAUUUUUCGUGCCCGUCAUGUAUCUUGUAAACAACUUCCAAAAUGAAGUAGGAGAAUGGUGUUUAAGAGAAGAAUGUAUUUGUAGAACAUGUCUACUAUGAGAGUUGUUUUUGGAGCUUAAGAAAUCUAUAUGGAUGACCAGUGAGCCCUUUGUUGGUAGAGAGCUUUCUGCACAUAUUUCCAAUUAAAGGAUUGAAYUAGUUUCUAUUUUUGUAACU